AUGGCUAAGCUAGCUCUGCCAGGUCCUGUUAUUUCUCUACUGCUUCUGUUCUUCUUCUCGGGAGGAUCAGGACCUCCACUGCCACAGGAAAAGGAGGAUACUUGGUGUGUGCCUAAGCCCGGAACCCCAGACUCUGCAUUACAGAACAUCAUAAACUUCACUUGUGGAAUAUUAAAAGAAUGCAGUGAAAUACAAGAGCAUGGUUCAUGCUACUUUCCAAAUACCCUCAUAAACCAUGCCUCAUUUGACAUGAAUCUUUCCUAUAAGACGGAUGGGCGCUACAAUUGUGAUUUCAAUGGCGUUGGCCUUAUCGUUGUCACUAAUCCAAGUUUUGGUGAUUGUAUCUAUGUCUGA